CAGACUCAGACUCAGUUUAAAAAAAGUUAAUUCACGAAACUGAAAUCAUCCCAGUUUUAGACUCAGACUCAUAAGCUGAGUCUAAAAUUCUGAGUCUACUAUUUGUAGACUUACGUACGUGUAGUCGCGACGUAACGUUCUAAGCACGUAGCUAAACCAACAUGGCCGCUGCCCAUAGGAAUCUACGUCGGUGUAGAAAUAAUCGGCGCUUGCGAGUAGAGAGAGUGUUUUUAGAUCGUACAAAUCCGCUGGAAAUAUACAGAGAUGUCGAACUUUACAAGCGUUUUCGAUUUACGAGAGACACUCUCCAAUUCAUAUGCGAAAUUUGCUUUGACGUAGAGAGACACACAAAUAGAAGUUUGCCGAUCCCCGUGGCACUAUCGGUGUGCACCUACCUGCGGUAUGUUGCUAGCGGGGACCUGCAGCUCACCAUGGCUGACAGCACUGGUCUGUCACAGGCUACAGUUUGUAGGGUCUGUGCACAGGUCAGUGCUAUAUUGGCCGCAAAAGUGUCGGACUUCGUCAAGUUCCCGACUGGAAUAGACGCCGCCCGUGUGAAGCAAGGGCUUGGAGCCAUAGCCGGUUUCCCUAAUGCGCUUGGAUGCAUAGACUGCACGCACAUAAACAUAAAGAAACCAAAUGAAAAUGUAGAAGAUUUCAUUGGACGGAAAGGGAUCCCGACCAUUAACGUACAGGUGCAGUACACAUCAAGAUAA